AUGAUCUUCAACCCCCUCAUCGCUCUGGUGCUUGCGGUGCUACCGGCUCAUAUAUUCGCACAAGAUAUUGUAUAUGAUUCCAUACACAACAUGACCGUCAUUACCGGUACAUGGGCGACGGGGAGCAAAGCCGUACAGACAGGCUCGGGCUUCGCCAUUCCGUCGAACGAAUCCUUUAUCUACCCAUCUGUGACUGGGAUGUCCUUCUCAUUUACCGAUGAUAUGUGGUUUGAGGUCGCACGGUACCGCUUUAAUGCUAAUGCUAGCGAUCCGGGGUGUAUCACUGGUGUCGUUGGAUGGUCGCAUGGCACAUACUCCCUCGAGCCCAACGGCUCCAUCAUCCUAACACCCAACGGCGAUGGAUACCAGCAGAUCCAAGAUCCUUGCGCCGCCAUCUCCAACUUUGUCGAGAAUUAUAACGAUACAGAGCUCUAUCAGAGCUGGCGGAUUUUUGAGGACCCUACAGAUGGCUAUAAAUUGCAUUUGUUCCAAUUUGAUGGCUCACCACUUCCGCCCAUGUUUCAAAUCUCGACGACGCCCCAAAUGCUUCCCACUCAGAAGCUGCGGAACACGACGGUGGCUACGACGGUAGCGUCGCGGAAGCGGUCGUUGCUGCGCCGGAGUACUAAUGCGGCUGUCUCAAGUACGGCAUGUCUCGCAGUGACGGUUGGAGCAUGGGUGGUGAGCCUGCUUGCAUUGGCACUAUAG